GCGGAGCACUCCCGCCAUUUUUGAACUCUGCCGCUGGAGCCGGGGCGCGAGGAUCGCGCCCUCCCCUUCUCUUUGGGCGAUCGGGGCGGCGGAGGAGCGGACAGUGCUUAAGGCGUCCAUCAGCACCGGCAGGAGCUCCCUCUGAGAGCCGAGCCGAGCCGAGCCGGCCGGCCGGCUGGCCAGCUGGACCAUGGCGCCGCUGCUGGGCAGGAAGCCAUUCCCGCUGGUGAAGCCGCUUACAGAUCUGUCGGCAGAGGAGACCAUCUAUGUGAUCGAGCACAGCGGAGAAGGGUUCCGGAGCAACGAAGAAUAUGAAUCCCGGUUGUCUAGAUAUGCAGAGCGAAUCUGGACAUGUAAAAGCACAGGCAGCAACCAACUCACACACAAAGAGGCCUGGGAAGAGGAGCAAGAAGUAACUGAACUGCUAAAGGAAGAAUAUCCAGUGUGGUUUGAAAAGCCUGUUUUAGAACUAGUCCAUCACAAUACAUUGUCUUUAGACAAAUUAGUUGACAAAACGUGGAUGGAGAUCAUGACCAAGUUUGCUAUUGGAGAACACUGCGAACUCCAGGUUGGGGAAAAUAAAAUUCUUCCUGUAGUAGUGUUAAAAGUCCAUCCUCUGGAGCCAAAGGAAGAAUUACCUUCUCAGAAGAAAACUGAUGGAUCUUGCGAUUCACCUUCCAGUGACAAGGAGAAUUCCAGUCAGGUGGCACAAGAGAGCCUUGGUAUAGAAGUCUGCAACAAAGUUGAGGACAGCAAGAGGGAAAACAAUACAAGUGACCGAGCUCGUCGAUCACCACGGAAGCUGCCUACAAGCCUCAAGAAAGAAGAAAAGAAAUGGGUUCAUCCAAAAUUUCUGCCCUACAAGUAUGAUGUGAAGCUGCAGGAAGAGGACAAAAUAAUUAGUAAUGUACCAGUCGAAAGUCUCAUCCGAUCAGAAAGGCCGCCAAACAAGGAAAUCUUGCGCUAUUUCAUCAGACACAAUUCCAUGCGAAUGGGGAUGGGAGAAAACGCACCCUGGGUGGUGGAAGAUGCACUCGUGCAGAAAUAUGCGCUACCCAGUAAAUUCAGUGACUUCCUGCUGUCUCCGUAUAAGCUUCCUAAAUGGACUGAAGAUGAUGAGUACAUGAUUCAUAACCCUGUUGUGAACUUGGGAAAAAGGAAAAGUGCUGUCUCACCAGAAGGUAAAGCCUCAAAAAAAGCAAAAGGUGAUGGGGAUCCAAAUAAAGAGAAAAAUAAGAAGCGGAAGAAUGGAAACAAAGAGAAGGUUUCUCGGAACCCUCCUUUGAGCCCAACAUUAUGGGGUCAUGUGCAGGUGAAAAAGGCUAUGAAUGGGAAUGGAAUGGCAUACAAUUCCAAAAGGUCUCCAGAACAAGAACUGGAAGAAGUAAUGAAGAUUGUAACACCAACCAAAUUGAACACCAACUUCCACAUCCCCAAAAAGGGCUCCAGUGCUGCUCGGAACUUUAAAAAGCUGCAAGCUAAGGAUAAAGCGAACAACAAAAAAGAGAAAUCCAAGAACAAGGCUAAGUUGCUCAACGGGCAGAAGUUAGCAGGGAAUAGCAAAUCUCCAAAAAAGAGUCUGAAAACUCCAAAGUUGAAGAUGAAACAGAUGACGCUUUUUGAGAUGGCAAAAUCCAACACAUCAAAGACUGGAAAAUCCCCGAAGGGUGUCGGAGGAACCUCAAGAUCUAUGUCUAAACCUCAGAAAUACCUACCACCUUUAGCUUUACAAUUUCUUCGAUAUUACAAAGAAAAUAAGGGGAAGGAGGAGAAAAAAGGUGCGGUGUCUGCAUUCAUCACCAGGGUGGCCAAAGUGCUUUCCGCUGAAGAACGUGCUCGUCUACCAGAGGAAGUUGGUGAUCUUGUUCAGAAACGUUAUGAGAUUUUGGAGCACAAAAGGAAGUGGGCAAUGAUGACACUAGAAGAAAGAGCAGAUUAUCACAAAAAAAAGCGUGAAGAGCUAAAGAAAAAAUUAAAGGAAAAGGCCAAAGAACGGCGGGAGAAGGAGAUGCAGUUAAAACUGGAAAAACAGAAGAGAUUUGAAGAUCAAACUCUUACGGGAAAGAGCUUACCUGCACUAAAGCUGGUUGAUACUCCUGAAGGGCUCCCAAACACACUUUUUGGUGAUGUUGCUAUGGUGGUAGAGUUUCUCAGUUGUUAUGCUGGUCUGCUGAUGCCAGAUGACCAGUAUCCAAUCACUGCAAUCUCCUUGAUGGAAGCACUGACCUCUGAAAAGAGAGGUUUCCUCUAUUUGAACAGAGUUCUGUUGAUCCUCCUUCAAACUUUGCUGCAAGAUGAAAUUGCAGAAGACUACAGAGAAUUGGGGAUGAAACUUUCUGAAAUUCCUCUCACCUUGCACUCUGCUUCAGAGCUUGUUCGGCUUUGCAUGCGCAAAUCAGAUGUGCAAAAUGAAAGUGAAGCAUCGGAAAUGAAUGAAGAUGGCAAGGAUUCUAUGGGAUUUGAAGACAAUGAAGUUGCAGAUGAAUUCCUAGAUAAGUUGGAAACUUCUGAGUUUUUUGAACUGACCCCAGAAGAGAAAGUAAAGAUUCUAACAGCGCUCUGUCAUCGGAUUCUAAUGACUUACUCAGUUCAGGAUCACAUGGAGGACUCGCAGCAUAAAUCUGCAGAGCUAUGGAAGGAGAGACUAGCCAUGCAAAAAGAAGAAAAUGAUCGGAAGAAGGCAGAAAAACAAAAGAAAAAAGAAAUGGAGGCAAAAAAGAAAGAGCCAGAAAAUAACAAAAUGGGUGACAAGAAAAAGUCAGAGAAGAAGGAAUUUGAUAAGAAGCUAGAAGUGGACAAAGGUGGAAAUGAUUUGUUAACUGAUGUCAAUGGUAGUGAAGACCUCAUUAGUGCAAUUAAAAGCAGACGAUUGAUGGCAUUGCAGGCUAAAAAAGAAAAGGAAGAGAGAGAAAAGCAAGAAAAAGAAAGAAUGGAGAAAGAGGUGGAAGUAGAAAAGAUUCGUAAGCACAAAGCAGCAGCUGAGAAGGCCUUUCAGGAGGGAAUUGCAAAAGCCAAACUUGUCUUGCAUCGAUCACCAUUGGGCACAGAUCGUAACCACAACAGAUACUGGCUGUUUUCGGAUCUGGUGCCUGGUCUGUAUGUAGAGAAAGGUUGGGUGCAUGACAGCAUUGACUACAGCUUUACCAUUCCUGAAGAAUACACUCAACAUGAAGAAGACCAGGAUUCCAAAAGUAAUGAUGAUGACAGCAUUGCUGAGAGCAGCUUAAAUGACAGUGGCCACCAGGGGUCCUCCCAUACUGCAGACAUUUGCAUUGAAACCACUGUACCAAAACAAGGGCAGAAUCUAUGGUUUAUGUGUGACACUCAGAAAGAACUAGAUGAAUUCCUGAACUGUCUUCAUGUGCAAGGUGCCAGAGAGAGUGCGCUCAAAGAACGCCUUCAGAAAAAGUAUCAAGAUAUCCUUCACUCACUACACUUGGCACGGAAACCAAAUCUUGGCCUCAAGUCCUGUGAUGGCCAUCAGGAGCUCCUCAAUUACUUGCGAACUGACCUGAUUGAAGUGGCAACUCGACUGCAAAAGGGAGGGCUAGGAUACAUGGAUAAAUGUGAUGAGUUUGAGGAGAGGGUACGCUCGCUGGAGAGCCUGAAAGAUUUGGGUGAGUGUGUGAUCACACUGCAAGAGUGUAUAAUAAAGAAAUUCCUGCAAGGUUUUAUGGCACCCAAACAAAAGAAGAAAAAAGCAGGCGAGGAAACAAAAGUAGAGGAAAUCGAUGAGGAGAAGAAAAUGGCUGAAGAAGCUAAGGUUGCUUCUGCCCUGGAGCUGUGGAAGUGUGCUAUACGAGAGGCUCAGACCUUCUCUCGUAUGCAUGUACUACUCGGAAUGUUGGAUGCCUGUAUCAAAUGGGAUAUGUCAACUGAAAAUGCCCGAUGUAAAGUGUGUCGUAAGAAAGGUGAAGAUGACAAGCUGAUCCUGUGUGAUGAAUGUAAUAAGGCGUUCCACUUGUUCUGUUUGAGACCAGCCCUCUAUGUGAUACCAGAUGGAGAAUGGCUCUGUCCAGCGUGUCAGCCAGCCACAGCCAGACGUGGCACACGUGAUAGAAAUUAUGCUGAGGAGGAAGAUGAAGGUAAUGAGGAUGAGGAGGAUGAAGAAGAGGAAGUGGAGGAGGAGGACGAGGAAGAGGAGGACGAGGACUAUGAGGAGCGUGGAGGUCCCAGACUCCGAUCGAGGCCCAGGAAAGCUGCCAAAGGAAAACCAGGCGCUCAGGGCCGUCCUCCUAGGCAGGCCAAACAGCUGGGGAGGAAAAAGGCCCUACACGGUCACAGCAGGAACACUCGACACAAGACAUCACCUGUCAAUGGCGUGGACAUUGAUGAGCUGGUACAACAAAGAACAAAAUAUCGGUCACGGAGACUAAAUCUGGAGCUUGCAAAGUGUGAAGAAAUCCUGAACAAAUUAAUCAGAUCAAGAUAUAGUUGGCCCUUUAGAGAGCCUGUGACAACGGAUGAAGCAGAAGAUUAUUUUGAAAUAAUCUCUAAACCUAUGGACUUGCAGACCAUGCAAAGCAAGUGUUUAUGCAGCACCUACAAGACUGUUGAAGAAUUUCUUGAGGACGUUAAACUGGUGUUUAACAAUGCAGAACAGUACAAUCAGGAGGGUAGCCAGGUUCUUACUUGUGUGGAGAAAACUGAACGAUGUUUCAUUGACAUGUUGGGAAAACAUCUUCCCAACUAUAACUACAAACGGGGCAAACCACGAAAAAGCAUCCAGAAACGGAAAAGGCUGGUGCAAGUAGAACUCGAGGAGGAGGAUGAGGAAGAUGAGGAGGAGGAAGAGGAUGAGGAGGAGGAGGAAGAAGAAGAAGAAGUAGACGAUGAGUAUGAUGACAGUGACGCAGAAUCAAGUGAACAUUCCAUCCCACCACGUAAGCGCCGGAAGUGAAUCGAAAAUAGCUGAGCUUUCUGAAUAAUGGAUGUAGUAAUUAUUUUGGAAACUGCAGACUUGUUUGUACUUUAAAUGUUUACGUUGACUGAUUUGACAUACUGGAUCAAAUACAAAACUUCAACCAAACCUGGACAUUUUCAUAGGAAUACAAAAAUGUUGAAGUCUAAACCUCUUGCAGAUUUUUUAAUACUCUUGUUGAGUUGGGAGAUCCUGAGAGCUGAAAGUUCCUUGUUUUGUUGAAAAUAGUUGUGAAAUUAAGAUCACAGACAAGGAGCUCUGUUGUUCUGAUUUUAUGACCAUAGAGGGGACCUUUCUCAAAAAUUUGUGUCCCUUGGUAUCAGCUUUCAGCAAAAGCUUUCUGAUUUGUUCAUCUUAACCGUGGAAGUGGUCAAUUCAGGGAAUUAGACAACCCCUCAAUUGUUGGUCCUUGGUCCUUCUAAAUAACACUGCCUCGCUGGAGAGAGUGUACAAUUAAUGGAAGUUCAGCUGAUUGCAGGCCAAGGUGUUCCACAGUGCCAGAUUACUUACAUUGCAUCACCAGCAUCUGUUUUAUCCAGCUGGGUUUUAGGUUUGACCAUAUGAUUGAAUAUGUGCAAAAUUGUCUCACAUUGAUCGCAACAGUAUUGUAAAUGUACAGCUGUUCUUUAUAAUAAGGAGAAGUAUCCUGCCCUCGAAUGUUUUGCCAUCUGAAGCAGUAAAAUGAGCUUUUCAUAUGAACCACCAGCUAUCGUGUAACUUAUGUCACCUGUUUAAUUGACUGUAGUCUUGAAGGAGUCACUUACCUGAUGAACGUGUGCAGGAUGUUUAGUUCAGAGUCCGCUUGGUUUCAAAAUUGAACAGUGGUCAGUUCUGCAUGUAAUGAGCAAAGGUAACUGGUUUAUACGCUUAGGUCGUCUACCCUGAUUUAGCUGAGGGUCCAACCAAAUGGAUGUUAAUGAAUAAUAUAUGGGUGUCUCUAGUUUCUUGAAAGAUUCUAAUUUGCCCUAUAUACUAAUUGGUGUGGGGUAACAGCACUCUGACUUAGAAUUGCUGUCAGCCAACAAGCACGAGACGUGGUAGUAAAUCUUUACUAUGUUUGACAUGUAAGAUUCCCUUUUGAUCUGCCUAACCAUUCUGGCUGACCAAAUAAUUCUCAUGCAACACCAUCGGAUUUUUAAACUGAAGAAUUGUAAAAUACUCCUUUUUGUGUGGAGAUUUGUACAGUGCAUACAGAUAUGUAGAUCUAACCAGAUUAAGAUCCUUGUGUUUCAAGUUGUCAGAAAAAUUGUGGCGCAACUUGAAUUUGUUUUCACCUUUGUUACUGUAGUUUGUAUAAAUAAUACAUAUUAUUUUGAGUAUUUGUGAGCAACAAAUCUUUCAAAGCCCUAUUCACAUCUGCAGUUCUUUUCCUUGGAGUGAGGGGGAAGGAAAGCACUGAUCUAAAAUUUUCUGUUUCUUUUUAUGAGAGUUUCCCCCUCUUUCCACUUGGCGUUUUAUCACCGUUCCCAGUCACUCUCAGUUGUGUAGGCAAGUGAUGUAGAAUAAAACAGUGGAAUUUUGACAUUGUAUAUUUUCCCAAAUGUCUGUGGUAGUUGUUUGGGGAGGGAUAUGCUUGUAUUAAAAACAUUUUUGGACUUUUAAAUAAAAGCAAUUACAUUUAAAACUUCGCAAAAAAAAAAGUAAGGGUUAUGUGUGCCCUGUAACUUAAGUGUUUUUAAAACAUGUUCAAUGAGUUGCUGCUUGGAGACUAACUGUUUUCACUGGCUGGCAGGCUUGGAUAUUGUCUGGCUUUUCUAGUGUGAUUCCAUCUCUCUUGAGUUUAUCUCGUUUAUCUGUGACUACAUCUCUGUCUUUGAGUAUUUCUUCUGGUGACUUCUCCAUGUUUCCUUACUGACUAUGCUGGGCUCACUUCUGUUGCAUGCCCCAUGCUGUCUUAUCUGUGGCACGCUCUCUACUGCUGUUCCCUCUCUUUCUUGCUUUCUCCCUUCCCCCUGUGUCAUGUGCUUUUGCAUAUGUAUGUGUGUAAUCUUUUGAUUUCCAUGUUUUUUCUUUGAAUUGAUUGCCGUUGUGUGCAUCUGUCCCCCUCUGUCAGUUGUGUGUAUGAGUGUGCCUUUGUCGUUAAGGGACAAUACAUUUCACAAUCCAUUUGUCUACAUAUACCUACUCCUGUGUCAGCAUUCAGACUCCCAUACGCAUUCAAUAUGUAAUAUGAGAUUGCUCCAAAGAGGACCACCUGCCCUCUUUCCUCUUUCUCCUUCUUCACCCUGUUGAAUAUGGCACCUGUGAUUAGACUCUUAUGUAGUUGACUUAGUCUACAUAGCAACAGUGGGGACUCUACAGAAGUAUCUCACUAGUGUGAAUGCUGAUGUAACAGUACCCUUUUUUAAAAAAAAACUUUCUUCAAGUCAAAAAGCACUUUUAAGCUUAAUUCUUUACAGGCACUGCUCAACAAUGGAACAUACAAAUAAGAGGGUAUCAUCAGCCUUAGAUGUACAAAUCUAAAUGUGCUAUUUCAUGAGUAAUUAUAGAAUGUCAUAUGUUUUGGAGCAAGUGCAAAAGCCUAAUCUACCUGGAUUUUGUGUUCCCAAUGCACUUUUGUACUGGGAGAGAAUGUUGACGUGUAACUGAAAUAGUCUUGCAUAUUGGCAGACACAUGGAGGUCUGCUGAGCGUUGAAAAUGCAUGAAUUUUAGCCUUCGCAUUAUUUUGGAGAUCAGGAUGCCCAGGCAUUAUGCUUGUGCACUGCAUUGGUUUAUAUAAAGCAAUCUAAGAAAGUAAGAAUAGGGAAACAAUACAAAAGAAAUUUAAGAAAGGGAGUAUUAAUAACCUAAUCAAACUUGAAAUGAACCCUAUUCUGGAUUAAUUACAUCAGUGCAUAUUUAAGUCAAAGAAGAGGCACUUUCACGUGUACAUGAAACUCACUAUGAAAGGGAAUAAUUCCGGAAGACUAUCAGCAUUUCAUGUGAUUCCUCCAUUUAUACAUUGGUGGGAUAGAUAAGAAAAUCCUUAUUUAAAAGAUGCCAUAAAAAUGAACUUGAAGUUGGAACUCUGAGUAGUUAGAGUGAAUUUUAAAUCUGAAGGCAAUGUUUGACCAACGUUUUUGCACUUAGAGCGUUAUACAGCAUGGAAAUAGACCCUUUGGUCCAUAUCCCUCACCUCUUCCUAUUUAUGUACCCAUCCAGAUGCCUUUUAAAUAUUGUAAAUAUACCCAUACUUGCUUUGAAGAGGUAAUAGUGGAUAUACAGAUUUAAUAUUUUUAGGCUUUCAAAAGAAGCAUAAUGAGGUGUCACAAUGAUUCAGUUGUGGGAUCAAAGGACAGUAGCAAAAUAAAUAGCAAGCUAUUUACAAAACAGACAUGAUAGAAUAAUCCUCCACUUUUGCUGCUGCCUCCAACAUGAAGUCACUAUCAAAUAUAUCUUCUCCUCUUUCAGAAUUCUGAAGGGACUGCUUUCUCUACAGCACCUUGGUCCACUUCUCAAACAAUACCCAGUUUGUUUUAUUAGACAUAUUGUGCCUUUUCAUGCAAUUACAAUAUAAUGUCAGUCCUUUUACCUUCUCACUAUCAAAAUAUCCAAAUACAUCUUCCAGAUGAAACAAAAAUUUUGUUUCUUUAUGCUGUAUUUGCUAUUUUCAAUGUAGUCUGUUCAACUUUGGUGACAGCAAGGACAGAUUGGGUAACUUCAAACAACUUUUCAGUUGAGAAAAUAGACCCCAGGUUUUUGAUCACCUGUCAUUUAGUUUUCCAGUUUGGUCUCAUGCUGACCCAUCUUCUAAGCUUUCAGUGUUCCAGUGGAAGCAUAAGCAGCAGCAUCUUUUGAUUUGGCACUUUCAGAUUCUGUGGACGCAUUAUUGAGUAUAACAUUUUCAGGCAGUAACUUCUCCAACGUUUUUCUUCUGUUUUGAUGGGUUUACUCUUUUUCUCUUCAGGCAGUAACUUUUCAUAAUUCUGCAUUCAUCUACAUUCCCAUUUCCCUCAGUCCCUUUGGCCUCAGACCACCAGCUGUUAUUUAAUCUCUCCACCUAUCGCAAACACUCCCUUUUGUCUCUUAUCCCCAAGCCCCACUUUUUUCAUCUUUUCAUUUCAAAUCAAUUAUAUCUGUUUCUUUCUUCACGGCUGUGCCCUGACCUCUUGAGUAUUUCCAGCAUUUUCUAUCUUUAUUUCAGAUUUCCAGCAUCUAUAAUAUGUUGCUUAGAUAUUUCACUGAACUUGGUUCUGAGAAAGCUGGCUAAUGUCAAUUAAUUCUUCGUUGAUCGGACAGAGUCUUCAAUAAUUUUGAUAUUUUUGCUAAAAGAGUUGGUAGCCCACUGGUGUUGAGCAGAUUGUUCUGUCAUAAACUCUGGAAAUAAAGUAUUGAAUUUA